CCUUAUUGCCCUACGUGUAUGAGGAGUACGUAGCUGGGCAGUUAGCCAUUUCUCGUUACAGGAGAGCUUUUUCAGGGCCACACGGGUUGCGCGCGACCUCACCACGGCAAAUACUUUGAAGUCCACCUCACCUUCCGACGAGCCCUAUUCCCAACUGUUCCGAUGUCGUCCUCUAAACAUGGCGGUGGCGCCAAGCAUCGACUCAUGACGGAGAUGCAGCAACUCGAGAAAGAGAACUGGGUCAACAUCGACCUCGCCAACGGCAACAUCUUCCGUUGGCGUCUGGGCCUCAUGGUCAUCAAUUCUACCAGCGCCUUCAACGGUGGUUAUUUCAAGGCCGAAAUGACCUUUACGGAGGAGUACCCCUACCAGCCGCCGACUUUCCGAUUUCUCAUCCCCAUCUACCAUCCAAACAUCUACCCCGACGGCAAGCUGUGCAUCUCCAUCCUCCACACGCCUGGCGAAGAUAUCACGUCAGGGGAACAGGCGAGCGAACGCUGGACCCCUCUGCAAGGUGUCGAGUCUGUGCUGCGGUCCGUACUUCUGCUUUUGGACGAUCCGGAAAUCAACUCCCCCGCCAACGUAGACGCUGGCGUCAUGUAUCGGGAUAACCGCGAGGCGUAUAAUAAGAAGGCCAAGGAGAUCGUCGAGAGGUCGAAAGGAGACAUUCCCAACGAUUUUGUCAUGCCAACUACGUUAGACCCCCCGCCACCGCCCAAGUCCUCCGAUGACGAUGCCGCCUUUUGGGCCGGAAGUGAUGAGGAAUUCGACUUCGGUGGUAGCGAUACCGGUGAAGACGAUGAGGCGGUGGAAUUUGACGAGGACGGGGAGGACGAUGGCGGAACCGAUGAUGACGACAACCAGGAAUAAAGAGAUCCCGUAUGGAUAUGCGACACUCGCGGGGUCUGGGGGGCAUGGCCAUUCGGUAAAUCGGCAACCCGUUUUCUAACUGUACAUAUCUGCAUAGCGUCGGAAAGGCGUUCCACGGAUCUUUACUAAGGCGCUCCUCGACGGGCUUGUUGGCCCACCCCUUUAUCGUACACGCUGGCUUUACUUAGGCCUGCUCUCGCGUCUUCUACUCGAUAGAGGAGGUUGCCUAAAGGAUUUAACGUAGACUCCCCGAGGCCCUCGGAUCAUCAUAGGUUGCGGCAGGAUCCCGGCAGGAUCCCGGGGCCGUCUGCGACACGUGGAUAGAGGGACGAGCAAGACAAUCGUGAUUUAGUCAUAUACGCAAACCAAGCAUCCCCCGCCAUCAUCCGUUAAUAAGAGCUACCCGAACUCGUCGAACACGUCGGGUUAUGUGGCACCGAAGUACGGGCGGUUGUUAUGUACU